AUGACGCAGGGAAAAAGAUCCAAAACAUCUUCAGCAGUUUAUCUUUCCUAUCUUCCAGAUGAUUUACUGUUGAAUUGCUUAUCUCGCGUCUCGAGAUCGUACUAUUCGACUGUCUCCUUAGUCUGCAAAAGAUUCCACUCUCUCGUUACAUCGCUUGAGCUUCCCAAUAAUCGAGCGCUCAUAGGCCGCAGUUGUCUUUAUCUGUGCUUUAGGUUAAUCUCUGAACCUGAGCCAUGUUGGUUCACUCUAUGCCAAAGACCAACUGGAAUCCCUAACCCUAAGUCAAGAUGGUUGACUCCUUGCUUUAUACCUAAAGGAAGCGUGGAGAAAAAGUUAAAUAUUUCUCAUCAUGCUUGGUCGACUCGUGCCGUGAUUGGUUCAAAUAUUGACACGAGUGGCGAAUGCAUAGAUGAUGAUGGGUUCUCGUCUAGGGUCCUCUUCAUGGACCGUCGUUCUCACACUUGGCGCCUAGGUCCAAGUAUGCGGACUGCCCAAGAUUUCCCCCUUGUGAGUGUUCUUGAUGGGAAAAUUUAUGUAGUGGAAGGUUCGAACAAUCCUAGUUCCUCGAAUUUGAUCGAGAUUUUUGAUCCGAAAACCCAGAUAUGGAAGCAUGUGCCAAGCCCUAGAGCGGAGAUUCUCGGACAGAGUUGUACAUUAAGAAGCUUAGCCAUAGGCGGAAAGCUUUACCUGUUUGGGGAUAAAUGUAUGGUGUACGAGCCGGAGGAAGAUAAAUGGGAUGUGGUUGAAGAAUCGGAUAUGCGCUGGGGUUUGGUUGAUUCUGUUUCUUCUUGCGUGAUAGAUAACGUUAUGUACAGUUCUGGAAUGUCCAGAAAGCUCCAAUGGUACGAUUCCGUGGGAAGAUUAUGGAGAGAUUUAAAUGGUUUCGGAGGGCUUCCUAAAUCACCAAAGCAUGGUCGUGGCCGUGUUAGGUUGGUGAAUUAUGGUGGAAAGAUUGCGUUUUUGUGGGAAAAGAAAGUUAAUUCUACUGGCUCAGACGAGAAGAAAAUUUGGUGUGCUGUGAUUGAGGUUGUAAAAGGGAAACGGACAAGAGGUUUAUGGGAAGCUUGA